AUGCUGGCAGAGGUGAGCAGGUGGCUACUCAAUGCCUGUCCAGCCUUAAUUUUGCUCAUUUCGGCCACUUUUCUCUGUCUCAAGGCGAAAAAGAAGAAUGGUAAGGGGGGGGCGAUUUCAAUUUUGAAUUUUGAAAAAGUUCUAGAAGUGUCGAUCUACGAGAUUUCCUAUUUUACGAAAAAUUAGCAGGUUAAACCUGACCGAAAAACAAGUUUUGGCUCAGCGCGGGCGUGUUUAGCUACCGUUUUGCCUACCCGGGUUCGAUCCCGGUCGUGGUCAAAUUUUUUUUGCACUUUUUUUUGACAAGUCUAAGCGCUUCUUGCACUUUAUCUAUAGGUGAUUAAUCGAAAAAUGCUCCUUUUCCGACAAAUAAGAGUCGAAAUCAAUAUUGCGCGUGUUCGGCUACCGUUUCGCCUAACCGGGUUCGAUCCCAAUCGCGGUCAAAUUUUUUUUGCACGUUUUCUCCAAAAAAUCUAGCGCUUCUUGCACCUUAUUUAUAAAUGAAUAACUGGAAAAAUGUUCAUUUUCAGACAAGUCAGAAUCGAAAUCAAUAUUGCGCGACAUGAGCGGCCAUUCAAAUGAAGCCGUUGAACAAAAGAAGAAGCCUCCGUUGGCCUGUGUCGAUAGCACAUCCACAUUUGUAAGUGUAUCCAUAUGGCUCACCUGGUAGCGAUCUUCCCGGUCACUCAAAAGGUCACAAGUUCGACUCCUUUCAGCAAUCGAAAAUACUCCCGCCGGCCCUUUCUCCGGCUCCGCUCCUUUCUCCAAACGGUCGUCAGAAGAAAAUUACGUCUCAAGUGAGUUUUGAAAAUUUGACGUCAUGUAAGAAAAAAAACGUCUUUCUUUUAAAUGACGUCAUACUUUAGGAUCCUAAUGACGUCAUAUUCCAAGACAUUACUCAUAUCUUAUCGGAACUCCCGACCCCUUUGAGUUGAGAUUUCCUGAUGACGUCAUUCUUAUUCAGAUGAUAUCAUUUUUUAAAUGAAAAAAAAAAUCGAAAUAUGACGUCAUUAUUAUCCACUCAGCGUCAUAACCUGACUUUUAAAAUUUUUCUACUUCCAAGGGUCCUUACCUGAAAUACUGACGUCAUAAGUAGAUUGUUUACGUCAUAACUUGAUUGAUGACGUCAUAACUUGAUCGAUGACGUCAUAUUUCGAUUGAUGACGUCAUAAACCGAUGGAUGACGUCAUAAUCGCUCAGGAACGACCGGCGCAGACGGCGGCAGUGCCUGUAAAGAACGUGGACCAUUACUCGGACGAAAAAGUGUGGAGCGACUCGGAUAAUACAUUUUUGUCGAGGAGCGAGUCCUACGAGAGGAUAGAUAACUUGGUCGUGGCUGAGGACGAGGAGCUGGGUCGAGUCAAGCUCAUCGCCAAGAAAGAUCAUGGUAGAUUUUCGGACCAGAUCUUUGAGACGGUAGACAUUGGGGAUUUAGACCAGGAAAAGUUGAGACCCCUUAAGUGACCACUUUAUGUUUUUCGUGGUGAAAUUUAAUUUUGAAUGGUCCCACUCAAGGGAAUACUUGUUCCCUUGAGAGAAGACUGAAGUUUCCACUUGAGUAGAUUUAUUUUAGGUACCGCCCGGAAAGAUCACCGUAGGGAGCAGUCAAAAGUAGAUCCCUUAAGUGAUACCUUCUUGAAAUUCUCUUUGAUUUCCCAUAAGCCUACUUAGGAACUUAAGAGUGGUCACUAAAGGGGAUAGGGGCCAUUAUAGUGCUCCCUGAAAGGCUGAAGUUCAAGUGGUCCCUUUAGGGGUUUAGGAUCUGACCUCUGCGCCACUAAAGCUCAAGUGGUCCCUAUAGCGGUUUAAGAUCUGACCUCUGAGCCACUGAAGCUUAAGUGGUCCCUAUAGGAGUCUUUUUUAUUCAGAUUUGAAAGCAAAAAUACACAUAGGGACGGCCACUUUCGUAAGCUAUAAUUUUUGAGAGUACCUACGCGAAAUUCGUCGGAAAGCUCGAAGAUUGGCUGAACAGAAGCAAAAAGACGAAAUUUUGAAGGCUCCGGCUCUUCUAGCUGCGGAAGAGGUUCGUCUUGUUCUUUUUUUUUUAAGAGACAUUUUUUCUAGGACAUGAGCUUUGACGACACGCUGAAAGGAGUCGAGUCGUUGCGACCUGAAGCCGGAAGGAUAUUUAUGACUGAAAGGAGUAGAAAGGUGAUAUUUUGAAGAUUUUUUCGUCAGUAUUUUGUUGUAAAAUUGAGAGGACGCUUCAUAUUUCCAGAAUUGAACUUUACAAAAUUAUUAUCUUGAAUCUGGAAUAUAAUAAGGUUUUCAAAAUUUUUCAUAGUGAAAAAACGGCUUGCAGAGGCGCCAGAGAAAGAAAUUUUUUCUGCUUCUCUGGCGUCUCUUCAGGCUCUUCUGCUCUCUCGACUCCUCCAUUUUUCGAAAAUCAGAAUUAUAAAAGUUCCUAGGAAGUCUCCAUAGUGACUUUAAAAGCCUCUCCAAGUGAGAGAGUGCACUCCUUGAAGAGACGCCAGAGAAAGAAAGUUUUUCUGCUUCUCUGCCGUCUCUUCAGGCUCUUCUGCUCUCUCGACUCCUCCAUUUUUUAAAAAUCAGAAUUAUAAAAGUUCCUAGGUAAUCCACAGUGACUUGAAGAAAAAAAAGCCUUUCCAAGUGAGAGAGUACAUUUCUUGAAGAGAUACCAGUGAAAGAAAGUUUUUCUGCUUCUCUGGUGUCUCUUCAAGGCGCUACUGUUCUCUAAAUUUCUCUUAUUUUUUCAGAUUUUAAAUAUUCUCCCCUUAUGGAUGUAUGAUAACAUAUCGAAAUCCCAAUUUUUCAGCCAAACCUUCAGAAAUUGAAGCCGGACGAAAGUGACCGGAAAGCCCUUCAGGCCUGCGCGACUUCCCAUUCCAAUCACCCGAGAACCGACAUCCAAAAGUACAUGGAUAAGCAUCGAGAUCAGUAUCCUUCUAAACAAAAUGCUUGA